GAAAACAGAAAUGCCGCCUAAUUCGUCACUGGCCCUUUCUAGUGAAUGAAGGAGGUUUCUGUUUUAAGAAAUAAAGUGACUUAGCCGUUGAUUCACUGCCCACAGGAAGAUUCUGAGCGGAGGCUUCCUAGCCUCUGUAGAAAUUUGCAUACAGCUUCCACUUCCUGCUUCGGAGCCUGUUCUACUACUUACCUGGGCCUGGAGAGGGAGGCUGAGAACCACCCCAGGUGGAGGGACGCGCCAGCCGACCACCCCGAGGCCCGGUCUGUCUGUCCUUGGUGGGUCUAAGAAACUAGAAUGAAUCGAAGCAUUCCUGUGGAGGUUGAUGAAUCAGAACCGUACCCAAGUCAGUUGCUGAAACCAAUCCCAGAAUAUUCCCUGGAAGACGACUCAGAACCACCUGCUCCAAAUAUAAGAAACAUGGCACCCAACAGCUUGUCUGUACCCCAAACCUCUCACUAUUCCCCUGGAGACCUUUCUCAAGCUGCUCCGCCCCUGAAGCUUGCAAAUUGCCGGCAGCCUGUGUCCCAGCAGGUCACCUGUCUGCGCACUAAAGUUCUGGAGGAGAGUGAAGACAGCUUCUGCAGAAGACACCCAGACCCAAGCACAGAUUUUCCCUCGGGCUCCUCUACAACCAGCGAGCCUGAGUCUGAGUCUAUGGUUGGAGCUGUCCCCCGAGACCAUCAGUUUUCAUUUAUGGAAAAGCGUAAUCAAUGGUUGGGAUCUCAGCUUUCAGCAGCUUCUCCUGACACUGGCCAUGACUCAAACAAAUCAGACCAAAGUUUACCUAAUGCCUCAGCAGACUCUUUGGGAAGCAGCCAAGAGAUGGUGCAACGGCCCCAACCCUACAGAAACCGAGCAGCCCUGGAUGUGCCUACAAUAGACACAGGGUAUGAUUCCCAACCUCAGGACGUCCUGGGCAUCAGGCAGCUGGAAAGGCCACUGACCCUCACCUCCUUGUGCUACUCCCAAGACCCCCCUAGACCUCUCAGGUCCAGGGAGUUCCAUCAGUUUGAACCUCAGAGGUAUCCAGUGUGUGCACAGAUGCUGCCUCCCAAUCUUCCCCCACAUGCUCCGAGGAACUAUCAUUGUUAUUGUCCUGGAAGUCCUGACCCCCAGGUGCCAUAUGGCCACGACUACCCUCGAGCAGCCUACCAGCAAGUGAUCCAGCCAGCGCUACCUGGGCAGCCCCUACCUGGAGCCAGCGUGAGAGGGCUGCACCCUGUGCAGAAGGUCAUCCCAAAUUAUCCCAGCCCCUGGGACCAAGAAAAGAGGCCUACACAUGGAGACUGCUCUUUUCCAGGGCUUCCCAGGUAUCAAGACCAGCUUCAUCGCCAGCCACAGAAUAGAGCUGGGGCUCCUGAGGAAUCCUUGGAGCGCCCUGCAGAACUAAGGCCGCAGGGUCCCCAGGCUCUGUCCCCAGCUGCUGUGCCUAGACCCCCUAGUAACCUUCCAGCCAGAGGAACUCUGAAAACAAGCAAUUUGCCAGAAGAAUUACGGAAAGUUUUUAUCACUUAUUCUAUGGACACAGCCAUGGAGGUGGUGAAAUUCGUGAACUUUUUGUUGGUAAAUGGCUUCCAAACCGCAAUUGACAUAUUUGAGGAUAGGAUCCGAGGCAUCGACAUCAUUAAAUGGAUGGAGCGCUACCUUAGGGAUAAGACAGUGAUGAUAAUCAUAGCAAUCAGCCCCAAAUACAAACAGGAUGUAGAAGGCGCUGAGUCGCAGCUGGACGAGGACGAGCAUGGCUUACAUACUAAGUACAUCCAUCGGAUGAUGCAGAUUGAGUUCAUAAAACAAGGAAGCAUGAAUUUCAGAUUCAUCCCCGUGCUCUUCCCAAAUGCUAAGAAGGAGCACGUGCCCACCUGGCUUCAGAACACUCACGUCUACAGCUGGCCCAAGAAUAAAAAAAACAUCCUGCUGCGGCUGCUCAGAGAGGAAGAGUAUGUGGCUCCUCCUCGGGGGCCUCUACCCACCCUUCAGGUGGUACCCUUGUGACAGCGUCCAUCCCCAGGUCGCUGGGGCCGUGCCUGUUUGGGGCCCUGUUCUAACAAGCAUUAUUCUAACUGAGGCUGGUGGGUUGCUCUCAUGCCUAUUUCUUAAUUCCUCCCCGAGGGGUCCCCAGGCCCCCAGAAAACCUGUUCUGCAGAGUGCUCGUCCUCCUGACACCUCUGCAUACGCGGGGUUUGCGGUGGACACUGAGGCUGUUCUGCAUUCCCUGCUCCUUUGAAACCCACCGCAGGUGCCAAUGUCUAACACGUUCCCCCCAGCAGUCCGAUGUGUCCAUUUGGGGCCUCUUGGGCUUAGCAAGUAGAGACUAUAAGUGAUGUUGCAACUAAUGUAAAUACUCGAGACAUUCUCCUAUCACUCCAGGCUACUUUUAUGAGCUAACCAGAUGCUUGUGUUUCCUUAGAGCAAACUGAUUCAUGUACAAAUAAUAAAAUGUUUACUCUUUU